AUCAAAUCCUUAUUUGCAAAAACAAAGGAUCCCAUCACAUCAAUGUCUCCUCCACAGGAAAACCGGUCUCCAAAGGCUGAAUAUCUAAAUAACUUUUUCAACACUAACCCAACUAACGGCAAAAGCAGAGGAUCGCAAGAAGCACCAAGAAAACCGUUGGGUCAGACUAACUUGAACGUUCAAGGCUCAAUGCCGGCUAAAAAAGAGGGUUUCAAUCGUGUGCUGGACGGCUUGAAAAAGCGCCAGCUUCAGCAUGAUUUUAAACUAGAAAGAGCUGCGGAAACAUAUGAACCUACACAGAAUAUCGGUUCAGGAGCAUUUGGUAUUGUUUGUGAAGCUGUAGAAACUUCAAGUAAUCAGAAGGUUGCCAUUAAGAAAGUUGCUCAUGCCUCUGCCACACCAACACUUGCCCGGCGCACUCUUCGUGAAAUUCGUGUUCUCCGCUACAUUAAUCAUCCAAACAUUGUCCCUCUCCGUGACAUUUUCCGUACCAAAGGCCCACUUGGAAUCGACGUCUUUCUUGUAAUGGAUCUCAUGCAAAACAAUCUUCAUCAUAUCAUUUAUGGAAACGAGGAUCCAUUGGAGGAACAUUACAUCAAUGCAUUUUUGGGACAACUUUUAAGAGGACUUGAAUAUCUUCAUGCUGCAUGCAUCGCUCACAGAGACUUAAAACCAUCAAACUUGCUUGUUAACCAAGAUGGAACUCUUCGGAUAGCUGACUUCGGAAUGGCCAAAUGUGCAGACAACAGUUCAAAGAAGCAUGACGACGAAGAGCACUGCUACUACAUGACUCAACACGUUGCCACACUUCCUUACAGAGCUCCAGAACUUUUGUUUGUCCUUCCCGAACAUUCAACAGCAGUUGACAUGUGGGCGGUUGGAUGUAUCUUUGGAGAAAUGGUCAUUAGAAAUGAAAUUCUGCCGGGAAGAAGUGUUCAAGGACAGAUCAAAAUGCUUUUGACUAUGCUUGGACAACCUCCUCAAGAAGUUAUUAAUGAGGUUCGAUGUGAUCGCACAAGGAAGUUGAUUCAAGACUUCGGAAGGAAAGCGGACGCAGAAUGGGAUGAUAUUAUGUUCUGCAAAGCUCGAGGAGAUGAUCAAAUUGUUCGGGGAAACUGUGACACUAUUGAUUUUGUGAAGCAACUGUUCCAAUAUGAUGCCCAGAAGAGGAUAAACAUUCAAGAUGCUCUCCUACAUCCAUACAUCCAGAGAGUUAUUCCAGCAGAAGCACCACAGAAAAAAUGUCCAUUCAGAGUGAAGAAAGAUAUGAUGCAAGUUGAAGAUCUCAAUCAUCAAGAAUUGAUCAGCAUGAUGAAGCAAGAUGUCCGAUCAGCGGAAAACCCAAUCACAUACAGUGAACUGCACUCUGGUGGAGAUUACAACACCUGGAUCGCAGGAGUGUUCCAAAGCGAAAGGAGUCGAGAAAUCAUCAAAAACGAAUAUUCAACUUCGUCAUACACCUCACCUGAACUCGACAGGGAGUACAUCGGACAUGUCAACCAAUACCAGCGGGGAAUACUCUCCAAUUGCGCAGCAUGAGCAACUACUGGAAGACGUUGCAACACAAAUCUCUAUUUGUGAACCUACCUGUGACUUGUAAAUCGUGCAAAGCAGGGUUACGCUUUCAUUUUUCUUAACAUAUGUCUCUCCCCAAUUUCUUUCCUUAUCAAAUUGUGUCUGAAAAUUUAUAGUUCUUUUUUUGCCACACGUGUCAGUGCUUCAAAUUGAAGAUGGUGUAUAUACAUAGAAAGUAUUCUAAAUCGGUCUUAUCACUUACUAUUUAAAAGACUUUUUUGAAAUUCAUAACUCCUUGAACUCAAUUUUCCCUCCCUCCAAUUAAAAAACCUUGGUUUAGAACUGAGAUUAUUAUAUUUAUAUCAUGAAAAACAACACUGUGUCUCUUUUUUCUGUUAAAUCCGCUGUUCUGUCUGUUCUAGUCUGUAAGCCUCAUUUUUUCUUUUUUUCCUUCUCAAAUGGUGAUUCUUUGUAUGAAACUUGUAUCUGUGAUUAAUACAGAAAUAAAUUGAACAUUU